AUCGUUUUAUUGGUAAUUGGUCAUACUUACAUGUAAAAGUUCAAUGUUUUUCAAAAAGAAAUUCUAAAAUAUUUUUUUUGUAAUUUAUAUAUGAUAAUACCAUUGUUAUUUAUUGUUAUUUGUAAGACUGAUUAUAUUUCAAAGGAAGCAAUGUCAACCGAAACAAAAGAAAAGUUAAAAAAAUGGCCAAAUGAUUUGAUGCCAGUUUUAAUAUGUGCAAUGUCCAUUCCUUUGGCUAUGUUUAUGUGGGUUGGUAAUGUUACUUUUUUAAAACUAGCUGGUGGAUCAGAAUAUGAAGAUAAUUCAGCAAUUGCUCCAACGAGGUGGCUGUUUUCAACAUUUGCUCCUUUAGCUUUAAUGGUAUAUGCGUUACGUAAGAAAAGCGUUAAUAAAUCUGGAGCUAUAUUGGGUCUUUUAGUAGCAAUUACAACAUCAAUAGCUAGUCAUGCUUUUUUUGCUAGUUUAGUUUUGUUUUUCUUCACAUCAUCAAAAGCAACAAAGUUCCGAAGUAACUUAAAAAGAAAGUUCGAAGAUGAUUUCAAAGAAGGUGGCCAGAGAAAUUGGGUUCAAGUAUUAUGCAAUGGGGGGAUGGCGACUCAAUUGUCCCUUUUAUAUCUACUAGAUUGUGGAAGUGGAGAAAGACCUAUAAAUUUUUCACAAUUUUAUAGAUCCAGUUGGUUAGGAAUUGCAAUUCUUGGUUCGUUUGCUUGUUGCAACGGUGAUACAUGGGCUAGUGAGUUAGGAAGUGUCUUAUCCAAAAAGGAUCCUUACCUUAUAACAACUAGACGCCGAGUUCCAAAGGGAACCAAUGGCGGAGUUUCUAUAAUUGGCUUAGUUGUUAGUUUUUUGGGAGGUCUUGCUGUUGGAAUUGGGUAUUAUUUAACAAUAUUAUAUACAGUGGAUAUAAAAACUUUGAAUACGAGUCCAUCUCAAUGGCCUAUUGUUUUAUUUGGCGGAAUAGCGGGCCUUCUUGGAUCUGUAAUAGAUUCUAUACUCGGCGCAACUCUACAGUAUUCUGGAAUUGAUGAAAAUGGUAAAAUUGUUGAUAAACCGAAUAGGAAUGUUCGGCAUAUUUCUGGCAUUGGAAUUUUAGAUAAUCAUAGUGUCAAUUUGAUAUCUAGUAUUCUAACAGCUGUUAUAAUUCCAAUGCUAGCAAUUCAUUGCUGGCCAGAAAUAUAAAAGAAAAAUUUAACUUAUUGUAAAACUCAAAUUAGAAUAAAUAUAACAUUCGAAAUUUUAGUAUAGAUUAAUUGAAUACAAAUGCACUGUUUUAUAGUUUACUAUAUGUACGUAGCUUGCUUACGUAUGUGUCAGUAACUGCAUAUAUUUCAUCGGGUAUUUUUGGAGUAAAUUUUAAAAUAAAUUGUUAUCUUUUUCAAAUUUUAAAGAUAAUUGUUUUGUAAUGACUGAUAAU